UAUGAUAUUCAAUAUAGUUUGUGAAGCAAUGUCUCGUUUGAUUUGUUGUUGGGAAACGAAAAUCUGCUGGAGCUGUCUCGAUCUGUAUAUGACAUAUGUUCAAUACUAAUGGCUAUCCCACGGGUCGAGAUGCAUAGAAACUGAAACUUUUGUUCACUUUUGUUGCUUGUUUGUAAAAUUGCACGGGCAAGAUCAGUUGUAGCACACCGCUCAAGAGAGAAGCAGUUGAUGGUUGAGCAGAUGGCGGCGGACGGCAGGCUGAGGCGUCUAUUCGAGAAUCCACUGCCGGUGAACCCAACGCUGCCGGAGGCCCUGUCGGCAUGUAACCACCACGUCCACCACAAGAAGCCCAUAGACCCGGCGUUCUUCACCAAGAUCUUCGACGAGCUCCACUUCCAAGAGAAGCAGCCCGAUCGAGCCGUCCUGUCGCAGCCUGCGCUGGCGCCGGUGCUUCGUCCUCCUCCGCACACGGCGUCGUGGCUCGACAUCGUCGAGGCCGAUAAGAGCAAGGACGACUCAUCGAUGCACGCACUCCUGAGGCCCAAGCCCGCGAGCGGCACGGGGUCCAUGAAGAGGAGCGCGAGCUUCUCCAUGAAGAAGAGCUCCGCAUCCAUGCUGCGUUGUAUCGAGGGGCUCGGCUCCGAGAGCACCGUGGACGCCGAUGACAUGAUCAAGGACGGCGUCUGCGCUGCGGAGGCCGGGAAGGAGGAGGACAAGCGGUUACCGUCAUUCCCGCCGCCGAUAUGGUCGAUCGGGGAGGGGCGAUUCAUGCUAAUGCAGGUGGUGAUCUCUGGGAAGGAGCUCCUGCAGGCGUCGCACGAUAACAUCGCGUCUCUAUGCUGCCGAUCUGUUUGUUGCCCCUUGCAUCUGUACUCUAUAAACGGAUAUGACACUUGA